GGCGCUCUUCAAAAACCGGCGCAUUUACGCGCGACAGCCGGUUGUUAACGGGCAAGCCCGCGAUCGGCGCGCCUCCAUCUAGUCGCCGCCUAAUCUCCACCUUAAUAAGCCGCGAUAAAGGGAGAGGGGAGAUGACAGCGGGGUAGACAGGGGAGCGGGUGAAAGCGAAGAAUGAUGAAAAGGGGGAGGAGAACGGAUCAUUCCGGCUGGCCGCCCCUGCUGCACUAGUGGAGAGGAGAGAGAGAGAAAGAGAGAGAGGGGGAGAGAGAGAGAGAGAGAGGGGGAGAGAUGGCACAACGCCUCAGCAUCCAAAACAUACGGGAGUGGUGCGCCACCGAGACCGGAGCCCCGGACUUACCCGUAGCAGCGUCGCGCUCAGCGCUCGCCGGCGCGCCUCUCCCCGCACAGCAGCGCCGCAGCCCCGGGUAGAGAUAUUAAUCAUCGCUCGCUCUGUCUGUGCAUGCACUUCUUCCGUGAGGAUUUGAAGGAGAGCUCCUCGGCCGAAUUUCCUCAAUCAAGAUCUUCGUUCCCCAAUAUCCGCCAGCAGCUCCUUUCUUCACCUGCCAUGGUGACAUGACACACCCCUGAGUGGCUUUGCUCCUGUCUCACACAGAUAGACAUCCUGGUGGGUUUGUCUGACCCCGAUACUUCUGCACGCAACUCCCCAGAUUCCGGCAAACCGAAAAAGACAACUGCUUCCCGCGACACACGCAACACACGUCUGCGGUUCACGAUGUCCGUGGCUGUGCGAUUCAGACGUCACCUGCGUCGCCUCCUGCUCCUGCUGGCCUCCUGUUGUCUCCUCUCGCUCCUCCUAUCUGCAUAUUUUCUCUUUACAAACUCUACCCCCUCCAUGCAGCUUGGGCAGUCUGCCGAGCCGGCCUGCUCUCAGCCGCUCUCCAUGUCUCCUUAUCGCCAGCUCCCGUACCCGUACCCUCCGAACCCGCCGCACACACACAUCCACACCGACCCGGUGGUGCUGGUGCUGGUGGAGUCCCAGUACUCCCAGUUAGGUCAGGACAUUGUGGCAAUCCUGGAGUCUGCACAUUUUCAGUUCCGCAUGGAGAUCGCCUCAGGAAAGGGCGACCUUCCGCCGCUGACAGAAAAGGGCCGUGGACGAUAUUCACUCAUUAUUUAUGAGAAUUUGUUAAAGUAUGCACAUGCAGACACAUGGAACAGACAGCUGUUGCAUCAAUACUGUACUGAGUACAGAGUUGGCAUCAUCGGGUUCUUUCGUUCCACGGAGAACUCCCCAUCUGUCCUGAAAUUCAGAGGCCUGCCGCUGGUGCUGAGGACCAACCAGGCGCUCUGGGACUGCUGUGUAGUUUCCAGCUCGCCUCUGCUCCACCUGACCAAACCCGGCACAGAUCGAGGGGCCUUACCCGGAGACGACUGGACCACUUUCACCUCCAACCACUCCACAUUCCAGGCCGUACUGCACGCGCGGGCUAAAGAAGGCACGGGGGCGGGAAGCGGAGAUAAUCCGGGGCCUGGCUUCAGCCUCGGCCUCCAGGCCACCGUGGUUCAGGACAUGGGACUUUAUGACGGGGUGAGGCGAGUGCUCUUCGGCCAGGGACUGGGCUACUGGCUCCACAGACUCAUCCUGGUGGAUGCGAUUUCCUACCUCACAGACAGGAAGCUGACUUUGGGCCUGGAUCGGCACAUACUGGUGGAUAUAGAUGACAUUUUUGUCGGGAAGGAGGGGACACGCAUGAACGCCAAGGAUGUGAAGGCACUUCUCGAGACUCAGAAACAGCUGCGGUCUCAGAUCUCCAACUUCACCUUCAACCUCGGCUUCUCUGGAAAAUUUUACCACACAGGCACGGUGGAGGAGGAUGAAGGAGACGAUCUACUACUGAAGUAUGUAGAUGAGUUUUGGUGGUUCCCCCACAUGUGGAGCCACAUGCAGCCUCACCUCUUCCACAACGAGUCCUCGCUGCUGGAGCAGAUGGUCCUCAACAAGGAGUUUGCUCUGGAGCACAGCAUCCCCGUGGACAUGGGCUACGCCGUGGCGCCCCACCACUCCGGCGUGUACCCGGUGCACCUGCAGCUGUACGAGGCCUGGAGACGGGUGUGGAACAUCAGGGUGACCAGCACCGAGGAGUACCCCCACCUCAAACCCGCCCGCUACCGCAAGGGCUUCAUCCACAACAACAUCAUGGUGCUGCCUCGUCAGACAUGUGGCUUGUUUACUCACACCAUCUACUAUAAGGAAUACCCUGGCGGACCUAAAGAACUGGACAAAAGCAUCCGUGGGGGAGAGCUGUUUCUCACAGUGCUGCUCAACCCGAUCAGUAUAUUCAUGACCCACCUCUCCAACUAUGGCAACGAUCGACUGGGUCUUUACACCUUCGUCCACCUGGCCUCCUUCCUGCACUCAUGGACGAACCUGAAUCUUCACACACUCCCGCCGCUCCAGCUCGCAAACAAGUACUUUCAGCUGUUUCCCGAACAAAGGAACCCACUCUGGCAGAAUCCGUGCGAUGACAAACGGCAUAAAGACAUCUGGUCGAAAGAAAAAACCUGCGACAGGUUGCCCAAGUUCAUGGUCAUCGGACCGCAGAAAACAGGAACCACGGCACUUUAUCUCUUCCUGCUCAUGCAUCCCUCCAUCUCCAGCAACUUCCCCAGUCCAAAGACUUACGAGGAGGUGCAGUUCUUCAACACCAACAACUACCACAAAGGCAUCGACUGGUACAUGGAGUUUUUCCCGAUGCCCUCCAACGUUAGCACAGACUUCCUGUUUGAGAAGAGCGCAAACUAUUUCCCCUCGGAGGAGUCCCCACGGCGAGCUGCUGCCCUGCUGCCCAAGGCCAAGAUCAUCACCCUGCUCAUCAACCCCUCUGACAGGGCCUACAGCUGGUAUCAGCAUCAAAGAGCUCACGAGGACCACGCGGCGCUGCGCUUCACGUUCUACGACGUGAUCAGUGCGAGACAGGGCGCACCGCCCGAGCUGCGCUCCUUACAGAACCGCUGCCUCAUCCCCGGCCUGUACGCCACUCACCUGGAGAGGUGGCUCACCUACUACCCUGCUAACCAGGUGAUGAUCAUAGACGGCCAUCAGCUGAGGACUGACCCUGCGGCGGUGAUGGAUGAAGUACAGAAGUUCCUGGGAGUCACUCCUCACUUUAACUACUCCCAGGCCCUGACCUUCGACCCACAGAAAGGCUUUUGGUGCCAGCUCCUCGAGGGAGGAAAGACCAAAUGUUUGGGGAAAAGCAAAGGACGGAAGUACCCGCCGAUGGAGCCAGAGGCACGUGCGUAUCUCUCCAGGUACUACAGGGAACACAAUGUGGAGCUGUCGAAACUGCUGCAUCGCCUCGGACAGCCUCUUCCCUCUUGGCUUCGAGAGGAGCUGCAGAAGGUUAGAUAACCUUUGCAUCCAUGAGCCAGGGUUAAAGGUCAAGGAGUCAGAGGCCAGAAAGCCACCGCGAGCGUCUGGACCUCCGGAUGCACUGUCUGUGGCCUUUUUGUGGACCCUGAGGUGACGGCAAGCACAGGGUGCCUUGUUUCACCGAGGAGCUGUGACGCUGCCCAAGGCAGCAGGAGUCAUGGAAGCACGCAAGGAAACUUCAUGAGCUGAAACGAUGGAUGGAUGGAUGGAUGGAUGGACUGUCUGAGGUGGUGAAAGCAGCUCUGAAGUGAGUGGGACUGAGAGGAAGGACGGACCCCGAUAUCACAAAGAAGAGGAAUUUGGGAGACGCUCGGAAGUCUCUGAUACCCAAACCCUGUUCUGAACUGCUGCGAACUAUCAAGCAGACCUGCAGUGACUUCAGUGUUUUCUUUUUGUUUGUUUUAUCUUUAAAUUAUGUUGCCAGAGCAGCGCUGGUCAGCUGUGCAUGGCUCUCAUGGAAGGGACACAAAAACCACCAAGUAUGUGUUUUUUUUUUCCAUUUAUUUAGUUUUGUUUGUUUGUUUUGUUUUUGAGAGAGAGAGAAUGAGCAUGGAGGACAAGUGGAUAAACUCAGGGGGAUUGACAGGCUGUUACUUUCCAUCCUUUUUAUUUUUCCUUUUUUUUUCAUGUUAAAAGUUUGGGGUAUUUCCAAAAACCUCGUUCACCUUUUGAGAUGUCACUUGAUGCUUUCACUCGAAAGUCAAGACUGGAAAUGAGUCACUGAAACAAAAAGCAUGGCCUGCUAAUUAUUUUCCCCAAGUUGUCCAGAGGAAUACUGUGUUCAUUUGACAAAGAAUGAGGACAGAUGCCUUCGGCUCUGAGGAGACAGGUUUGGGGAGAAGACCAAAAUCCACCUGUUGGAUGGAACACGUAUGAGUUCUAAGACUGUUCCAAUAGCUACUGUAACUGCAGGCGGUUUUUGUUUCAUCAGUAUCUCAAUUUAAUCUCAACCUCAUUCUUUUGUGUUUAUCUUCAGUUUCAAUGCAAAAAACCCUAAAUGUCAAACACAGAAACCAAAAUUAAAGACGUGGUUACGACCAAAUGCAUACAAUGUUUUUAAUGACCUGCUAACACAUCACAUUUGGUUGAACAUUGCUACUCUU